AUGUUCAACACAUAUUGUUCUCCUUCGAACAUUUUAUUCGUCUUCGUUGUAUUAUUAUUAUUAUUCCAAAAUCAUCAUAUCAAUUGUCAAGAUGCACCUUCUUCACUACAAAUCGAUUUAACACAAUUGAAUAUUUUAUCUCGUAUAACUGUCGCGGGACAAUGCUGUGAUGGGACAGUUUAUAUGGGAACUUGUUCCACAUCUACAUGUAAUCUAUAUAUGAUUAUUUGUUUGGAUUUUGUCUACAGCGGUUUACAAACUAAUUGGACGUAUUGUCCAUUAGGAUCACGAUCAUUUCGAACUAUAAUAAAUAAUACCGGUCUUGUAAAUUUUCAUUCGCUCACUGAUGUGGCACCAUUUCUACCAUUUCAAUUUCCUUUAAUAUCUAUACCUGAUAACACUAUGGUCAUCAAAAUCUUUGUCUUUUAUGAUUAUAUACGCAUUGGAAAUCUUUCAUUAAUCAAUCAAAAUACAUUAUUAAGUCGUUUCUAUACCACAUUCCGAACAGAUGCAUCAUCUCCAUCGUCAACUUCGGGUACAUCUCUUACUACAGUUCUCUACGAUGUUGCACAGAAUGGAACACAAUUGAAUAGCUUGGUUAUUGGAAUGAAAAGUUAUUGUCAAGCGACAUAUUAUGGUCCUUCAUGUUCAGUUAGAUGUAUUCCAAAUGAUGAUUGCACCAGUUCUUACUCAUGUAAUGCAAGUACAGGGAUGAAAGUUUGUUCACCGGGUUGGAUUGGAACAGAGUGUGCAAUACGAGAUUCAGCGUAUGUUCAACCGGGUUGUACAUCAGCUGCAUUAACGUGUAACAAUGGCGGCUUUUGUCGAGUGUUUAAUAGUACAAAUCAAGCAACAUGCUGUUGUGCGAAUGGUUUCACUGGUUUUAAUUGUCAAUAUUUAUCAACAUGUACACCCAACAUAAACUGUUUUAAUGGUGGCGUGUGUACUGCUGCGUAUGAUCCGAUUUUGCGUACAUCUUAUUAUGUAUGCACCUGUGCAACCGGAUAUUCAGGAUUAUAUUGUCAACAAAGUCAACAAUGUCCUACUGGGUUCUAUGGGUCAAACUGUACUGUUCAAUGUUAUGCACCUAAUUCUUGUAGCGCUGGUCAUUUCACAUGUAAUUCGAAUGGCGUUCGGACAUGUCUGUCGAAUUGGUAUCCAGAAAAUAGCUGUCUGUUGAAAAAUCUUUCAUCUUAUAUUGAUCCGGAAUGCCCUAAUGUAUUGGGAUGUCGUAACGGUGGUUCAUGUUUCAACGGGUCAUGUUGUUGUCCAUCAGCGUAUACUGGUCGUUUGUGUGAAACAUCAAUUAGUCCAUGUUCAAGCAACCCUUGCCAAAAUAAUGGCUUUUGCGUAGCGAUAACCACAGGAUUCCAAUGUCAAUGUUCCAGUUCUUACACAGGUGUCUACUGUGAAACCACACUAAAUCCGUGCAAUUAUUCUCCGUGUCGAAAUGGAGGUCAAUGUUAUACAUUAGCAAACAAUUCAUUCUACUGUCUAUGUCCAACAGGUUUUGUGGGCCAGCUAUGUGACACUCAAAAUGAUUACUGCCGAUUACAACCAUGUGCAAACAAUGGAGUCUGUAUCAGUACGACAACAGGUUUUUCAUGCAUCUGUCCAUCAACUUAUACGGGUCUCACGUGUGCAAUUGCACUUGAUCCGUGUCUUUCCCAACCAUGCGUCGCAAAUAAUACAUUGAGCUGCGUCAAUAAUAACAAUUUAACGUAUACAUGCAAUUGUCGAACUGGCUUUUCAGGUUCGACUUGUGCACAAACCGCCACUUCUUGUCUGUCCGUGACAACACCAUGUCGAAAUGGUGGUACGUGUAUAAACACAGUAAAUGGUUACGUUUGCCAAUGUGAUGGAAGAUAUCAAGGAAGUGACUGUAGUAUUCCUAUUGAUCCGUGUCUAAGCAGUCCAUGUGUUGCAUCUGGUUCAGUAUCAUGUCAAUUAGUAUACAAUGGCACGAGUUACGCUUACAGUUGCACAUGUCAACCAGGUCAUACAGGAUCACGUUGUGAAACUGUCCUAAGCCCGUGUGAUAGUGGACCAUGUUCAUUUGGUAAAUGUGUGGCAUCAGUGAAUACGUGGACAUGUGUAUGUGAUCCGGGUUGGACUGGCUUGCAAUGUAAAGACGGUAUCAAUGAGUGUGCAUCAAAUCCAUGUUUAAAUGCGGGUGUAUGUAUUGACGGUAUUAACCAAUAUCGUUGUAUUUGUUUAACUGGCUAUAUGGGUGCAAAUUGUGAAGUGUCCUUGAACGGAUGUUCAAGCAUGCCCUGUCGAAAUAAUGGUACAUGCGUGAAUAACGUGGUCUCUUUGGGAUGCAUAUGUCCUUCCGGUUGGACAGGAACAUACUGUGACACUGAUAUAAAUGAAUGUCUUACUGCUUCUAUUUGCGGCCCCGGUGCAACGUGCAUAAAUAACAAUGGUUCAUACAAAUGUAUUUGUCCAACGUGGUUGACUGGCGCUAAUUGUUAUACACAGAUUGAUUUAUGUUCGACUAAUCCAUGUCGAAAUAAUGGUAUUUGUGUUUAUAACUAUGGUGGAAGUCUUGUAUGCCGUUGUCAAGUUGGUUUUACCGGUACAUUCUGUGAGGUCAACAUCGAUGAUUGCCAGUCGGCUCCCUGUCUGAACAAUGGAACAUGUGUUGAUCAAAUCAAUAGCUUCAUCUGUAUCUGUCCAUCAGGUUAUACUGGUAUGCGAUGUGAAUCCGUCAUUACUCAAUGUCUCAGUUUACCCUGCUUAAACGGCGGCACGUGCCGUGAUUCAUACACAACAAAUGGUAUAGGCUAUCUUUGUAUUUGUCCAUCGUUAUAUACGGGUUUACGUUGUGAACAAACUCUCAAUCCAUGUUCAAGUUAUCCCUGUGUUUAUGGAACUUGUACUACGAGUGUUGCCACAGGUUCAACUUACUUGUGUGUAUGUAUGAAUGGUUAUACAGGGCAACGAUGCGACAUCCCAAUGAAUCAAUGCUCGCCGUCACCGUGCGGCCCGAAUAGCACUUGCAUCAGUUUAGGAUCGACUUAUACAUGUUGCUGUGGCACAGGUUACACAGGCAAUCAAUGUAUGCAAAUGAUGGACUUGUGCUCGACAAAUCCAUGUUCAUCCAUUGGCGCGCAACAAUGUGUGCAAACAACAGCUGGAUUAUUUACAUGCUUGUGUAAAUCAGGUUAUACAGGUCGUUAUUGUGAAGUUAAUAUCAAUGAAUGUGCUUCGCAACCAUGUAUCAAUGGUGGAACAUGUGUGGACUUAGUCAAUGGAUAUCAGUGUGUAUGUCCAGCUGUUUACAGUGGAAAUAAUUGUGGACGUGUAAUGGAUCAAUGUACAGGUUUCGAGUGUUUAAAUGGUGGUAAAUGUCUACGAAAUGGAACAACGUUAACGUGUCUAUGUGCACAAGGAUAUCAAGGAGUUAAUUGUGAACUAAUUGUUGACUAUUGCCAAUCACAACCGUGUCAAAACGGAGGUUUCUGUUCGAAUACUAAUCUUGGUUUUCAGUGUUCAUGCUUGACUGGUAUUACUGGCCAAUUCUGUGAAACAAUCAUCAAUCAAUGUCAAUCACAGCCAUGUCGAAAUAAUGGAACAUGUAAAUCACUGAUUAAUCAAUAUGUUUGCCAGUGUCCAAGUGGUUUGAUGGGUACUCAAUGCGAAACAGAACGUAAUGAAUGUGAACCAGUCAAUCCAUGUCUCAAUUCUGGACGAUGUAUCGAUCAUUUCAAUAAUUUCUCCUGCGUUUGCGCUUCGGGUUUUACUGGUUACUAUUGUGAAACUCAAAUUGAUUAUUGCCAGUCAAAUCCGUGCUUCAAUGGUGGUUUGUGUCGAACUCUAAUCGAUGGAUACAAAUGCGAUUGUCCACAGGGAUACAACGGAACAACAUGUUCAACAGCAAUAAAUUAUUGUUUAAGUAAUCCAUGUUCAAACAAUGGUUUAUGCGUAUCAUUUGUUAAUGGCUAUCGCUGUGCUUGUCUUGACGAUUAUAUUGGUUUACGAUGUGAAAAUAAAUCCAACGAAUGUUCAUCGAAUCCGUGUCUAAACAAUGGGACAUGUAUUGAUGGAAUUUGGAAUUAUAGAUGCCAGUGUUUACCUGGUUAUACCGGAUCGAAUUGUCAUUUAUUGAUGGACUAUUGCUCGAGUUCGCCAUGCAUCAAUGGUUUUUGUCAAAAUCGAUUAAAUGGUUAUGAUUGCAUAUGUUCAUCAUCGUCUUAUACGGGUGUUCACUGCGAAAUUCAAAUUAAUAAAUGUGCUUCCAAUCCUUGCCAUUCGAAUGCUACAUGUAUUGAUGGACUUGAGCGUUAUAUUUGUUUAUGUCCGCCAUGGUUUUCAGGAGUGACUUGCUCUGAGCAAAUCAAUCCAUGUUCAAGUUCAACAGCAUGUGCCAAUAAUGCCACUUGUUUAGUUAAUUAUGACGUUAAACCUCAAGGUUAUACAUGUGGAUGUUUACCGGGUUAUACAGGUUCCAUGUGUGAAAUUGAUAUCGAUGAUUGUGUGACACAACCAUGUAGACGUGGACGAUGUGUUGAUCGAGUCAAUGGAUUUAUCUGUACUUGUUAUUCAGGAAGUGAAGGAGUAUUGUGUGAUAAUGACGUCAACUUUUGUCUAAGUUUGCCAUGUCAAAACAACGGGUCGUGUAUGUCGUUAACAAAUGCUUAUCAAUGUAUAUGUACAAGUGGCUUUCAAGGAACAAAUUGUGAACAAAAUAUUGCUCAGCCUUGUGCGAGUAGUCCUUGCUUAAAUAAUGGUACAUGCACUAUUGGGACCAGUGCUGGUUUUCAAUGUUCCUGUCCAUAUGGUUAUACAGGUCCUCGCUGUGAAUUAACUAUCAAUGCGUGUGCAUCAAAUCCAUGUCGAUUUGGUACAUGUAGACAAGUUGCUCCAGGCUAUUAUUAUUGUUUUUGCACCCCUGGCUACACAGGCUUCAAUUGUCAAACAGAUAUAAAUGAAUGUGCAAGUUCACCGUGCUUAAACAAUGGUACAUGUAUGGAUAUGAUCAAUGCAUUUACUUGCACGUGUCCCAAUGGAUAUACGGGAAUUCAAUGUCAAGAUGGCGGUUAUCAGUGUAGUUCAGGUCCGUGUCUUAAUAAUGGCACGUGUGCUAUCACGAGUACUGGUUAUCGAUGCACGUGUAUAGCCGGCCUCACAGGCAACCGUUGUGAAAUUGAUAUUAAUGAAUGUGCAUCAGCACCAUGCCAGAAUGCUGGUAUUUGUCUACAGCCGACAUUAAAUCGCUAUCAAUGUCUUUGUCCCACUGGUAAGUCCAUGUACAAGCUCUUGUUUUCGUUUUAUUUCCAUUCAUUCGAAGGAUAUUCUGGUACUAACUGUGAAUCAAUGCUCGAUCCAUGCUUGUCCGUCACUUGUUUCAAUAACGGGACGUGUACCCGAACAAGUUCAUCAACAGGUAUCUGUGUAUGCUCACCCGGCUACACAGGCACUGCAUGUCAAAACACCAUCAGCUUCUGUUUGAAUUCAUCAUGUGUGAAUGGCACAUGUAUCUCAUCAAGCAAUUCCUAUCAAUGUUAUUGUUUUCCCGGUUAUACUGGCCAACGUUGCGAUUCACCUAUCAAUCCAUGUACAUCAAAUCCUUGUUUGAAUAACGCUACAUGUAUCAAUCAGAUCAGUUCGUACGCAUGUCAAUGCCCUUACGGAUUUCAAGGAACAACAUGUGCCGUACGUGUGCAAGCAUGUCAGUCAUCUCCUUGUUUAAAUGGUGGAACAUGCAAUGAUAUUGGGCCAGGCUUAUUAAAUUGUUCGUGUCUAUCGUCUUAUCGGGGCGUAUUUUGUCAAUUGAGAGAUCAAUUUUGCUCACAGGCACCUUGUCAAAACAAUGGUAUUUGUAUUGAAGCCUUAAGUGGUUAUCAAUGCCUUUGUCAACAGGGUUACACAGGUGUAAAUUGUUCGACUAUUAUUCAACCAUGUUUAUCGAGUCCAUGUUUAAAUAAUGGAACGUGUGCAACAAUACUGAAUGGUCUUAGUUAUCAAUGUUCAUGUCCGCUUGGUUACGGCGGUCUUCGUUGUGAAUCAAAUACAAAUUGGUGUUCGUCAAAUCCAUGUUUGAAUCAAGGAACUUGCAUUUCACAAACAACAUCAUUUACUUGCAACUGCCUAUCAAUCUACACAGGUAUUAUUUGUCAAACAUUGAUUAGUAAUUGCUCAUCAUUAACUUGUGGCAACGGUAUACCUAUUGUAUCGAGUCCAACGAAUUGUACAUGCCAAUGUUCCAGCGGUUACACAGGAUAUCUUUGUCAAACACCUAUCAAUCCGUGCUCGACGACGAUAGGAAAUAGUUCAUAUUGUGUUCGUGGUACAUGUAACUAUCUUAGUGCUGGCUUAGCCAAUUGUACAUGUCCGAACGGCUACAGUGGACUUCGUUGUGAUACACGUAUAUCCAAUGGUGCUUGUGGAUCAUGCCCUUGUCUAUACGGUCAAUGUCGAACAAAUGAUACAACCAAUAGUUAUAUAUGUGAUUGUUAUCAAGGCUAUACUGGCAUACGUUGUGAUACACCAAUUAAUCCAUGUUCCCCGUCACCUUGCAUUUAUGGUCAGUGUAUAUUAGAUAGUGCUACUGGGUACCGUUGUAUAUGCCUUACUGGUGCCACUGGUCCAAAUUGUACUUUGAUUAAUAAUGUAUGUUCAUCUCAACCGUGUAAAAAUCUUGGCACAUGCGUCGCACAAGGUACUUCAUCAUACAUAUGUGUAUGUCCAACUGGAUUUAAUGGCACUAACUGCGAAAGUGGUGCUAGUGCAUGUUUAAGUAAACCCUGUCUGAACGGAGGAACAUGUCUGGAACCAACGUCAAACUAUUAUAUCUGCCAAUGUCCAUGGCCAUUCUAUGGCGUUAAUUGUCAGCUAGCGUGCGAUCCUUGCGUGAGUUAUCCAUGUCGUGGACCAUUAUCGCAAUGCAUAUCAUCACCGAUCUAUUUCAAUUAUACAUGUGUUUGUGCCGCUGGUUACAAUGGUACAACAUGCGCUACAGCGUACGAUCCGUGUCAAUCAUGUCCAUGUCGGAAUGGCGGAUCUUGUGUACGGACAGGUCCAACAACAUACACAUGUGCUUGUCCUGCAGGAUACAAUGGCAGCUAUUGCGAAACGCAACUCAAUCCAUGUUCUUUUUAUCCAUGUGCUAUUGGUACAUCAUUAGUAACAUCACCAAUCACAUGCCAAUGUCAAUGUCCGUAUUCAUAUACAGGUGCUCUAUGUCAAAUAAAUGUUUGUCAAACUAAUCCAUGUCUAAUUGGUACUUGUAUUGCGAGUGGAAACUAUUCCUAUACAUGCAGUUGUCCAGCUGGAUUUCAAUACAUCAUGGGAGUAUGUGCGGAUAUUAAUGAAUGCACAACGAUACCAGGCAUUUGUGCUAACGGUGGACGAUGUAUAAACUCAUACGGAUCAUAUCUGUGUUUUUGCAAUUCGGGUUUCUAUGGAAACAAUUGUGAAAUAUAUGAUCCAUGCCGAUCCUUUCCUUGUAUCAAUAAUGGUACUUGUGUAUCUAUUGGAAGCUAUCCAUUUUGGCAAUGCAUCUGUCCAACAUUGUAUACUGGUUCUCGGUGUGAAAGCAUAUCACUUGGAUGUUCGGUCAAUCCUUGCCGAACUGGUACUUGUGUAAGUCUUGCUAAUGGUGGCUAUCAAUGCAUAUGUCCAUCACUAUUAACUGGAACGAAUUGCGAUAUCCCAACAUUACCUUGUGCUUCAAAUCCAUGUUUGAACAAUGCAACUUGUUUAACAUUAUCUUUAGUCAACUAUACUUGUAUAUGUCCACCAAUGUACACUGGCUUAACAUGUUCACAACAAAUACUUAUUUGUCCCACGAAUCCUUGUCAAGGAAAUUCCACUUGCAUUAUGAAUGCAAUCACGGGCCAGCAAAUUUGUCAAUGUGCACCCGGAAGAUACGGCGUUUAUUGCGAAAUCAUUUCACCAUGUGGUUCCAGCCCAUGCGUUCGAGGAACAUGCCGUAAUCUAAAUUCUACGACAUAUCAGUGUGUCUGUGAGCUUGGUUACACAGGCGCAUCGUGCGAAAUACCCUACGACGUUUGUGCAUCGGGCCCAUGUCAAAAUGGUGGCACUUGUCUCAACUUAGGUAGUGGAUUGUAUAGGUGCACAUGUCCAGCUGGAUUCACUGGUACGAAUUGCAAUAUUCCACUUUGUAUGAGUGAUAGUUGUUUUAACGGUGGCAUAUGUAUGGGCCAAAAUAGUACGUUACGUUGUCAAUGUCCAUGUGGGUUCACUGGAUCUCGAUGUGAAACACCAUUUGAUAUAUGUACAUUAACAUCGUGUCAGAACAAUGGCACACGUAUUCUCAAUGCCACCGGAUGCCAAUGUACAUGUUUAUGUCCAGUAACAUUCACGGGAAGUGUUUGUCAAACACCAACUACACCAGUGAAUACAACCUAUCCAGGACAAAUUAUUAUUCCAAUUGAUCGACCAGGAGGCGCAACAUGGGAGAUUAUUGCACAAUGUGUCGAUCAAGUUUGGAACAGUUUAAAUGUCAUACUCGCAUGUAAUACUCCGUUUACAUUGCUCAGUCCGACAACAUUCUAUCCAUACUGUUAUCAAAUUAAUCAACAAGCGUCGCUUGUGAGUCAAAUGAAUGCUAUUCAAGACUGCAGUGAUAAGUCUUCUCAACUCGUUUGGUUCCAAUCAAAUGAUGAACUUCAACAACAACUAAUUCCAGCACUGUUCGCUCGUGGCUUAGCUCGAGACUUUUGGACAAGCGGAAUUUUCAAUCCAACAUUAAAUCGAUGGCAAUGGUUAUUAGCAAAUAAUAAUACUCUUAUCGAUAUCGAUUCAUCAAUUCUCACACAGUUCGGAAUAACUCCAUCAACGGGUCAAUCAAUAUAUUAUACAUUUGCACAAUUAACAAAUCGACGAUUAACAACAGGCUCAUCCUCCCAAACAUACUCAACACUUUGUAAAAUAUCCGCAACUCGUAUUCCACUUGAUAAUCAAACUCGAGCUCUUCUCCUUGCAUCUCAACAAUACGGAUACAUUAAUCAAACUCAAGUGAUUAUCUUUAAUUUCAACUAUACAAUUUUUUCAACGAUUCCAUCGAAUGUCGUUAUUCAACAGCCAACCGCAGCACAAUAUGCAGCAAUGUGUGGCGCAAUCGGCAAUCCCACAACAUCGGUUGACCCAUAUAUUAUCGAUAUAUGUGGCUAUUUUCCGUCGAUAACCGAUGGAAAUGUUCAAUUAUUAAUGCAAACAAUUUCUUCGUACUACACAUCACAUCGACUGACAAUUCUCUCGACACGUGAGUUUACUUGUGAAAUUCCUAUAUUUCUUAUUGUUGUCCUUCUGGUAGAGAGUUACGUGGCAGUUCCAUUGAAAGUAGAACAUUAUACAACAAUAUCCGGUGAUUUGAUGACUCGAAUACGAUUCAUCAUUACAAGUGGCUCAUCAAUUGUUCUGGGUGCAAAUGUUGAAUCGUUAGCAUCGAUUAGGGAUAUGCUUAAUACUAUCAGUUAUCGAAUCUAUCAACAAUGUACACCAUUUAUAUCGUUAAAUAUUCUUUUACCAUUGAAACUAUGUAUUCCAUUGAAUGAAAUCUCACUAUGGACAAACGUCGUUGCUAGUGCAGUUUCAGCAGCGACUGGACAAUCGAGUAUUACUGUUAUGUUAAAAGGUGUUCAACCUGGUGUAACAUCAACAGGACAACCUGCAAAUACUGCAUAUUUUCUGAUCACCAUCAAUGGAAUGACCUACAAUCAAACUUCAAGUACCAAUUUAGCAUCGAAUCCAAUAUUACUUUCCACAAUUGCACAAGCAAAUAGUCAAUUAUUAUGCUCAAAUCAGACGCAAAUACUUCCAUUUCAAAUCAGCAUCCAAGAUUUUUAUGUUCCAUGUCCAAUCCCGCAAAUACUUCAACGACAACUAAACAAUGCCUUACAACAAGCUGGAAUUUACACAAUUAAUAUGACGAUCUUCGGCGUCGACGAAGCAGUCGAUACUACGAGUCAUAUCUAUCGUCUACCGAAUAUCUAUAUUCAACAUCAGAAUGGUACAUGGCUUGAUGCUCCAUUACAAUUGAAUAGUCAACUAUAUCAAACUUUGAUCUCUGUGCAAUUACAACGUCUGUUAACUCGAGUCUAUCGUCUAUCCAAAGCUUAUUCAUACUUCUUUUCGAAUUCUUUAACGAUAAACGAACGAGAUUACCUACAACGAUUAAUUUUAGCAACAUAUAAUCAGCAAAGUACAAUCGCUGGUAACACUGCAAAAGUUUUACUUGAGGAUCCGUAUUUAAACGCCAGUUCGCUAAAAACCAUUCAACGAGUUUAUACAUUUGUGUUCUUCAACGACCAAGAACUUGACGGAAGAUAUUUAUCAAGUUUAAGCUUAUCUCCCGGACAAUUCAUGAGUACAUAUUAUUCUCAAACUCCAUUGACGUUUAUCUCGAACGCCCUUCCGAUUAAUGUUGUUAAACAACGUGAUGUGCAGCAAAUAACUUUCACGGGAAAAAUUAGCCGAACAUUAGCGCAAACAAGUUUGGCGGAUUAUUGGCAAAAUCCAAUUCGACAAGGUUUAAUCAAUUCUAACGUUUAUAUUCUACAACUACAACAGAACUUCAUCUACUCAGCAAAUCAAUUUUAUACAACGAUAACGUAUGUUGUUGUCACAUCCGAUGGCUAUACAGUUCCAAGUGCAUGUUUCAAUCCGAAUUUCAUUCAACCAUUAAAUGGUUUAUGCGAUUCGCCGAAUAAUUACGUUUCACAAGUUCCUUUUAGUUACACCGCAUCAUUUAUUGAUCUCCGAGGAAAUUAUCUUCAAGCUGAUCUAACUCAAGACAAUUUUGCAUCAUUAAUCACUUCUGCGCUACAGAGAACAGGAAUUAGUAGUACAGUUUCGUCGAUCUUAGUCGAACUACGAUUCGGUUUCGAUAUGUCAUUGGUCACACGAGUUUAUUACACGGUUGUACCAAGUCAAGUUGUUACACAAGACCAAAUCCAACUUCAAUUAAAAUCAAUCUUUUCAACCAUGCAGCCAAUUAAAUACGAUCUAUAUCCAAGUGAACAGUCAUCAAUUGCUCGUAGUGAUGCUUUUCAAUAUAUAACAAAUGUCACUUUACCAUUGUCAGCUACUAUUCGUCAAGAUGUUGAAAAUUAUCUGACGUCAUUCAAUCGACAGUAUGGUGUGGCGAAAAUAGUCUAUGCAGAAACGAUCACCGCGAAUCAAACUCGAUUUUAUCUUGUGUUUCUCAACAAUACACAAAUACUCACUCGAUGUGAUUUUUCUUUGUACUAUCCGGGAGUAACAAAUCUAAAUAACGGAACUGGUGGUCUUUACAGUAUUUAUCUCGAACGAAAUGUUUUUGUUGCACAACCGAUCGCCUUAGCUGAUGGUCUUGCGCAAAUUUGGAUGAACCAAAACAUCGGUAUACAGCCAGGAACAUUAAUAAUUCAAUUACAAAACCAAUAUGAAUAUGUUUGCUUGGGAGGAAAGAAAUCUUUUCGAAUUGAUUACAUUGUUCAAAGUCUUUCCACGAGUGUUAAUGUGAAUAAUUUAAUUCCGCCGCCAAAUUCAGCAUUUGACCAACUUUACGGCAAGUUUGUAAACACAAGUCACUGUGUAUCUAGCCGAGCGUAUUGGAUAUAUUUAAUGGAGCCACGACCAUCAAAUGAUAUUAUACGUACUGCAUUAGAGAACGCAUGGCGGCAAUCGAAUAAUAACUUCUUUAUCAAUGUUUCACCACAAAUGUAUUUCGAUUCGACUUAUUUAACUAAUAAUAAUCAAUCACUAACACGUGUUACUUACACGAUCAAUCUCGAUGGUUCCGAUGUAUCGCCAUUAACUGUUACGCAACCAGCAAUGAAUCUAUUUAGUUUAUCGAAUUUAUAUACAAAUAUUCCUUACAAACAGUUUUCGAUUUAUAUCGAUGGUAAUAAAGUGAAUUUAACCAGUUCAACAACACUGGCAAUGAUCAAUCAAGCACUAAGAACAAGUUGGUCAUUAGCUAAUAGUUAUCUUUUCUCAUCAAACGAUGUUUCCAUUCCAUCAAUAACUUCGAAUACGUUGAAUAAUGGACAAACUAAAGUAGAUUAUAUGAUUGGCUUGCGUUCAGGUGAUAUUGGCGAUUAUUCUCAACCAUCCGAAAGACUCUAUACGCAAAUAUUUAAUCAAACGGGCUUACAAACACUAGUUUACACACGUUAUAUACCAACAAAAGAUAAUAGUCAACUGAUUUUCACAAAUGACGAAUCAACAAAUGUUCCAUUUUAUCGUCGUACUGGUCCAUUUUUUGGACUUGAUUGGUGGAUUAUCUUAAUUCUUGUUGUGGGCAUCUUGACAGUUUGGUUAAUUAUCUGUUUGAUAUGUUACGCUUGUUGCCGAAGACGUGCGGAAAACUCUUCGUCCGUAGUUGUUCAAGAUGUUCAUCAACUAGAAAAAUCUGAACCUAUGUACGCCAUGAGCGCCGCUCCGUACACGUCAUCCAAACGUUCUAUAUCAGUCAUUGAUUUGAACGAUCAACCAUCCACAAUAGAAUUUCGUCGGCCACGACGUGCAACAAGAUCAGUCUCACCUUCCAGUAGUUUUCGAUACAUUCUACCUUUCAACUCUCAUCGAGAACAAAAACAGCGCAACUACGAACCAACUUCGUUGGGAAAUCGACAAGAUGUGCCUAUAACUGUAACGAAGAGUCCGAUGUAUAGCGAAGAUUACCUUUAA